AGACGAUCACUCCGUAAACCGAAUCAGCGAACCGUACGCAAAAAGAAUCCCUCUUUCCAUGGAAGCACACACCAAAAUCCACAAAACAAACGAAACCUUUCUAAGAGAAACGAAAAUUAAUAGAAACAAAGCAGACCAGUUUCGCCACUCACUCACUCUACGCCGUUUGAAAACACCCGUAACAAAUCUUUUUCACCAAAUUAAAUCACGCCCACUUCAUAUUUAUCUUUUUUAAUAACACCCUUCUUCUUAUUCUCAACCAUAACCGGAUUUUUUUAUUAGGGUUUUAUUUUGUCUUCUUUGUUUGUUUUUUCUUGUUGAUGAUCGUAUUCGUAUAGUAUUAUCAUCGACAAUGAGAGAACGCAGAGAUGAUUUUGAUGAUAUUAGACGUAAUGGGUCUUAUUUUUCUCAUCAAACUCGGGGCUUCGAACAACAUGAUCGCGACAGACCAGUUCACUCUCAGAGAGAAUCACAGGAACAGGGAGUGUACAGAAAGUCUCCUCCUUUAGUGCAGAAUAAUCGAGAAAAAAUUGAAAAUUCUGGUAGGACUCGGCUCUCUUCUGGUUUAAACCGGUUUGAUGACCCGGUUUCGGUUGAAUCAGGCCGGUUUGGUCAGAUGGGUUCGGUUCAUAGAGGAGGGUACAGUGAUGGGUCUGGGCCAGUUCUGAGUGAACCUUUGUUGGGUGAAGAUAGGAAAUCAAAUACUUGUUUGAAGUUUCAAUGGGACAAUUUGUCCAAAUAUUAUGGUACUGGUGAAAGAAGCAAUCUUGGUGGGGUCCCUGUGUCCCUGUCAAUGGAGAAUGAUGGUGUUGGUGGGUCAUCAGGAGGUUAUUUUAGUAAUAGGAAUAUGCAGGUGGGCCCCACUGAGAGCUGUAGAAAUUAUAGGGUUAUGGACAGCGGCGACCGCGGUGACCGAGGUUUUUCUUCUUCUCCUCCUCCUUUGGGAGUGAGGAGGAGGAGUAGUGAUGUGGACUCAAUUGUGGACAAGAUUGAAAGAAGAAGCAGCAAUGCUGAUAAAGUCACCACUUUGGAGAACAAAAUGACAAGGUAUGGAAAUUAUGAAACUUGUCAUGGUAGUGAAAAUGAAAGAGAUUGUGAUUAUGAUUAUGGGAGUUUGAAUUUGGUGAACCACUCAUUUAAGGGCAUUAUUGAUAGAAGUAAUGACAUAGAAGCUUACAGGAAUGAGUUGCUGAAUGAUAGGAGAAUGUCAUUUGGCCAAAAUGAGAGUGAUUUGGAUUGCAAUAGUUUGAAUUUGGUGAAAAGGAGAAGAACUAGUGAAAACAGUGAUCUCUAUGAUGACGAAACUGGUUAUAUUAAAAACAGGAUGAUCGGACGGAGAAUAUUGUUGGAGAAUGAUGCUUAUCGUGCUCAAGAUGAGAAAGAUUUGGAUUAUAGGAGAAGAACUAGCAUGAUGGAUUUGAACAAGACAGAAAGAAAUGAUGAUAUGGAUAAUGACAUUGAUUUGAGGAAUAACAUGAUGACUCAGAGGCAAAUAUUUUUGGAAAACGAUCGUUCUCUUGUUCAAGAUGAGAAUGAUUUGGAUUACAGGGCCAUUAAUCUUUUGAAGAUGAGAAAGACUAUUAGCAGGACGGAACAGAAUGAUGAUAUGGAUAAUGAUAUUGAUUUGAGGAAUAACAUGAUGAGUCAGAGGCAAAUUUACUUGGAAAAUGAUAGUUCUAUCGCUCGAGAUGAGAAUGAUUUGGAUUACAGGGCCAUUAAUCUUUUGAAGAUGAGAAGGACUAUCAACAAGACGGAACAGAAUGGCGGUAUGGAUAAUGAUAUUGAUUUGAGGAAUUACAUGAUGAGUCAGAGGCAAAUUUUGUUGGAAAAUGAUAGUUCUUUUGGUGAUACUGCAAAAGAUCUGGAUAUCAGGAGUUCCAGUGUUAUGAAUAUGAGAAGGAGUGCUGGGAUUAUGGAUAGGAUUGAAGGAAAUAGUGAUAUAAAUAACGAAAUUUCUUUCAGGAAAAACUUGACGAGCGAUAGAAGAAAAUUGUUGGAGAACAACACUUCUUUUGCUGAAGUUGAAAAUGAAAUGAAUAGACGGAGUUCGGAUUUUAAUCCUCAGAACUUACAGUUUGUAGAAGAAUAUGAUUUUCAAAGGCAUGGUGCUAUUAGUGGCAUUCAUGAAGAGUUAUAUUCCACUAGAAGUACUUCUCAACGAUUGGUAUCGCCGGAGGAGACAUUAGAAAUGAGGUUUAAGAGAAAGCGUGGUUUCAAUGUAGAAACUCAAACAGGUAGUGAUAUUCAGAAAGGAAUGUCAUAUUCUGAUUUGAACGACUCCGAUAAGAUAAAUGAUUUAAGUUACGGGGAUGAAUAUUGGAGCUAUGAAGAUAUUGAGAAAUUGUCAAUGUUACAGAAUUCACGACAGGGACAACACGGCCAGGUGGGAAGGAGGAGUAAGGACAUAAUAAUAGAUAAAAUGGCAAUUCAUGGAAAUGCCAAUUUUGAAAAUUCAUCAUCAGCUUAUGUACUCCUUUCUGAGCAAAGGCAUUUGAACAAACCUGCUAAAUCGGAUGUCAAGAAAAGAUUAGGGCCAGUUCAAAGUGUAAUGCAGCGUUUAGGGCCUGUUCCGAGUUUAGGAAAGAGCCUGAGGCUGGCCCCAAAGAUCAAGAGAAAACUUCCUUGGGUUAAUACAGAAGUAGGAAAAGCUACUGAAGAUUUUGAACAAGAAGUUAAUGUUCAAGAUAUUAAAUCCUCAGAAAUUAGGACAACAAAACAGGUCAUGUCUGAUCCACCUGAAGGCUCUGAGGAAGCCAUUCAGAUGGUGCAAAAUGCUUUUUUGAAGUUUGUCAAAGUUCUGAAUGAGAAUUCUGGUACCCGGCAGAAAUACUUGGAGAAAGGAGGUGGAGCUUUGAAGUGCUUCAUCUGUGGCAGCUCAAAGGAGUUUGUGGACACAUUAAGCUUGGCACAGCAUGCCUUCACAUCUUGCAAAGUUGGUUCCAGGUCAGAGCAUUUGGGUUUUGGGAAAGCACUUUGCGUGCUAAUGGGAUGGAACAGCGUAAUAGUUCCAAAUGGACGAUGGAUUCAGCAGAUAUUGCCUGCUGCCGAAGCCUCAUCAGCGAAGGAGGACCUCACUAUUUGGCCUCCGGUAGUUCUCAUUCAUAACAGUUCUAUAGAAAACGGCAACCAAGAUGAGCGUAUGAUUGUAAGUAUUGAAAGGCUCAGGGAUAUUCUUAAAGGCAUGGGAUGUCAACGAGGGAUAACCAACAUCUGUCGUGGGAAAGCUGCAAAUCAGAGUAUAAUGGUGGUGAAUUUCAGCGGCACUUUUUCUGGAUUGCAAGAAGCAGAACGGCUUCACAAGGCGUUUUACGAGAAGAAACAUGGGCGGACAGAGUUUGAGCAAAUUACUAGCAAAAUGAACAGUCAGGAAACUCACCAAAUUUCAGUAGACGAGGUGGAAAAUGUUCUAUAUGGCUAUAUGGGAAUUGCAGGUGACUUAGACAAUCUUGAUUUUGGAACCAAGAAACGUUGCGUAGUAAAGAGCAAGAAGGCGAUUGCAGUGAUUGCAGAUGCCUCUCUCACAAGUAAAUGAUAAACUGAAAAUAUUUUGGACGGUACCUUAUAUGGUUACUUUAUUUUUUGCAAAGGAAAUAUUACUUUAUCCACUUAUCACCGUUGGAUAAAUUAUAAUUACUUUCAUCCAACGGCAAGGUAGAUAAAGUAAAUUAAAAACAAAGUAACCAUAUAAAAAGUCAUUUUGGACCGCGAAGGCGUUAUGCUGUCAGUACAGACUACAAUUUAUCUGCUAACCUCUUUUUGUUAAGCAAGUAAAUACAUUCAUCUUAAGUGCCUCACGGGUUUUUUUGUCGAUGAGGGAGCAGCGAUCUGUUUCCUUCUGAAAUUACUUGCUAUGCUGUUAUAUUGACUUGGGAGAGGAGUUAACACGUGUUUGUACACAAUAGGUAAUCGUGAGAUAUCUUUAGGGUUUUUACUGUUUUUUUUUAAAUUUUGGGAUCUUGUAACAGAAAUUAGCAAAAAGAAAAGGUUUAUUCUGAGAUGGUUUCUAAUGGU